AUGCCUCUGCUUCCCAGUCAAAAAGGAACAGGAAAGAAAGGUCGCGAUCCCCGGCAUUCACGAAGUCGUAAUUCAACCCCCAGCUUGCCUGGGAAUGUCGGUUCACUCAUUGGAAGUGACGGUGCGACUCCAUUUCUCGAGUUACCGACACAUGCAUUCCGAGCGACCGAAGAUUUUUCGAGUUCUUACGCAGGCGGAAUCCCGAACUCAAAAGAACUCGAUACGCUCCUAGACCGACUUAAAAACCUGAUUCAGGUUGUUGAAUCAAGAAGUUCAGCAUGCGACAAAGGCAUGAGGCUACUCGCUCAAUCUAGAAAAGAUAGGCUGGAAGAGAUAGAAGCAGAGAGGAGAGAAGAAGAAAACAAGGAGCGUUUGAAAAAAGAGGUACAAGAUGAAGAAGAAAGAGGGAAAAAUAAAGGUAACAAGAACAAAAGACGGAAAGUUCUAAGUGGUAAUACUGAAGAGACACCAUUAAAUUAUGGUGCACAUGGACUAGCAAAUCAAGAUGGCACAAACUUACAUACAUCAUCUACAAAUGUAAAAUCUCACGUUCGAAAAAUCUCGCGGGACGCGGUCUCCUCUAGCUCUUCACUCUCGCCACCUGCAGCUGCCACACCUGUUACAAUUAGUGCUCAAGACAAAGAUAUAGAGAAAGAAAAUGAUUCCAGCUCAGAUGAACAUCAGCCUCUACCAGCUCCCGCCAUAACAAAUAUGAAAACAUUUGGGGAUGAUCCAUCAACUUUUCCUGAUCCCACAGUAUAUGAGAUACCAGAGGCGAGGGAAGGAAAAACCAGGGAAGAACUCAAGGAGAUUUUUUCGGUGGCCUAUUACCCUGAAACUGACUUGGAUGAUCUCAUACCUGGCACACCGCCCGAUAAAGAUUUUAGUAGUGCCAAACCGGCAAAUCAAGUUCAAGCCAAUACUUUUUCCACUUACCUUGAACCUUACUUUCGACCAUUUGACGAUCAAGAUCUCGCUUUCCUUCGGGAGCGUGGCGACCGUGUUACUCCAUUCAUAACCCCCCACCGUGGCAAGCGACAUUACACUGAGAUAUGGGCUGAAGAAGAUAAUCAUCCGGUAACUGAUACUACGCAAGGCCGCGAAAAACUUCCACUAAAUCAACCCCGAGGUAGUAUAGAUCGCAUGAAUGAUGAUGUUGCCGAGAGCGAUGCUAUCUCUACUGGUCCUAUACUUUCUCGUCUUUUAGCAACAUUAAGGCCUGAACACCGAGCCUCUUCAAUUGAAAUCGCAAAUGGUAUUUCUAAUGACCAAGAAAAUAACACUGACUUGAAUGAUAUUCUUGGGACCUCUUCAGAAAACGCUAUUCAAACUUCUGCAACACAGAUGCCCGAAUCCAAUACUGAAGCAUGGAAAAAAGCUUUGCAUCCAACUCUAGAUUAUGCGCAGAUGGAUGAGCGGAUAAAGCUCGAACUGCGCCACAUUGGAUUCCUACCAUUAGAAAAUGAACCUAACUACGAUAUUCACAAUGAUGACGACGUCGCUGUUCGCCUGCGAUACUUACAAGCCAAACUCAAAAAAAUAGCAAUUCUAAAUGGUGCUCGCAAAGCACGCCUCAGAGAAUUGGUGAAGGAAAAAAUGGCCCAUCAAGAAUUUAGCACUAUUCUUGAGGAUCUCGAUAGCCAGGUUCAGACAGCAUACCUCAAACGCACUCGCACUCUUGGUAAAAGUAAGAAGGCCAAAAGACCUGGUGGUGCAGGGGGUGGCAGUCACUUUGUAGCAGGUACUUCUGGCUCGGGCAUGGCUCGACCAGGGAUUGGGGAUAUGACUAAGACAUUAAUGGAAAGAAGACGCAAGUGGAUCGACACAAUUGGCGGUGUACUUGAUCCCGAAGCUACAAAGGUCAGACGGGUUAAGGAUCCAGAGAGCUCAAUUUUUGGAGCGGAUAUGUUGGCCGAGUUCAUAAGAAAAGAGGAAACAGGAUGGGAUGAGGGAGAGGAUGAUGAAUAA